GCAUCCAUCAAUAAGACCAUCUCAACUCCGCGCUGCCGAGCCAGAGAUCAUAGGAGUCCAUGGAGCACAUGUAAAGAUGUGGACAACAGAUCGAAGAAAAGCGGAAAAUCUCAACAAAAGCAACAAAAGUUUAACUGGGCGCUACAAAGGAAGCGCAGCAAGAAGAAAAAAAUCUAGUCACGAAUCUGAAACCUCGUCCAUUGCAGGUUUUCCAGUGAACGACGCAGACAUGGCUGCCAUUACCUGCCUGAUUCUGGGCUAUUCUUCACUCAAAGACACCUUUGAUAUUGAAAUCGAAAAAGACUUCAAAAUUAGCGACCUCAGGGACGAAAUUCAAAAGGCCUUGGGGACUCGGUUUAAGAUUGAUGCCGCUGUCAACCAAAUUGAUCUUUGGCAAGUCUCAAUUCCCCUUGACCAAAAAGACGACAAGUUUAAGAUUCUUUGCGAUGUCAAUACCGGUACCAACAAAGAAGAUAUUGGUACAAUCAAAACGAAACUCGGAAUGGAUGAAAUGAUGUCGGGUUCGAAGAUUAACAAGGUCUUUCCUAAUCUUCCUGAAGAUCAUAUCCACAUCAUUGUCCACCUCUUAUCAGCUUCCGUCCCCCCGGCUGCAAGUACUGGGCCUAACUGGAACGAUGCUGACUCGAUCUAUGCGUGGAUACAAAGAUACACGUUGACUCGCAGCCGAAGGCGGCUUGUUGGAUCCUUCGGCAAAAUCUUUGAGUUCCGUGGACGAGAAAGCACUAUUAGCGCCCUCUGGGAUGGCGACCCAAAUUUGACCCGAAAUGGAGUCCAGUCCAGAUUUAAAUACCGCAAUGAAGCCGACAAGAAACUUCAUUCCAUUCCUGUCUUGGCUGGUGGGCCCGGAACAGGGAAGAGCAGAUUCCUUGACGAGAUUGAAGAGUUGCUUAGGCAACGCGCCAACAGCUCUAGUGAUGAUGAAAUUAAGGACGCUUUCACAAAUAUGAUUGUCAUUAACACCACCUACGGAAAUGGAUCUGCAGCCGAUGAUAAAGAUGUACAACUUGGCGCCAAGCCGUCUCUUGCGCUACGUAUUCUAUUCGAGUACUUCCGACCUCGGCAUCAAUAUGGCGAGUUCUCAUUUGACCAAUUUCGUGGUGCCUGUGAGAUCGGAAACAUUUCGAGCUUUAAUUUGGACACUGUGCUCAGGAUUAUCUAUGCUGAUUUCAAGCAAUUGAAGAAUCUGCAACGGGAACAAGCAACAACUUCUAAUGAAGAUACUGAUAAUGAAGAUACUGAUGGUCUGCUGGUCCUAGUUAUUGGCAUUGAUGAGUUCAACAAAUUGCAUGACGUUGACAAGGAGACCUCCAAGAAACUCGUAAACGCCAUUGGAGGAACAAUGUGCGCAUCACUUACAAACAUUUUUUUCAUCCCUAUUCUGACCGGAACAAUUGAAGGACCCUUGGAGCAAUACAUUACAAAGUCUAUGCACAAACCACUUCGUCUCCCAUUACAUCUCCUUAAGGAAAAAGACGCGAUCAAAAUUGGCAAAGCUAUCAACCUUGAUGAGACCUACACACGCAUCAAUCAGUAUUUUCAACUUUGCAUUGGAGAUAUUGGAGGUCAUGUUAGAACCUUGGAAUAUUUCUAUGAACAAUUUGCCCAUUUUUUGCAUAUUACAGGUAAUCCUUAUGAGGUUCAACUCUCAGAUAUCAUGAAGUUUGUCAAAGGCCAGAUCCAGUAUGACUACAAGUUAGUUGAUUACUCAAAGUGGUUGACCAAAACUCUUGCAAAAGCUAUAUUGGGCUUACCAGUUUCAAAAUCUGACAAGAUUGAUCUUGAUGGGGAAUACACCACCUAUGAGGAGCUUAGUUCAAGGGGGAUACUGACUCUAACCUUGUAUAACAUAGAAACUGGGGAAUACCAGAUCCAAAUACCCUACAUAUGGGCAAGUGUACUUGUUCGUGCCUCCAAACAGCCUGAGAUGGCCUUUUGGAAAGAGAUGCUCAAUUAUGAAGAGCCAGUGCAUUGGCAGAAUUGGGAGGAUUUUAAUGCUCAAUUCUGGGCACUGCGUCUCAACCUUUUCCGCUUAGCAGGUUAUCAGAAAAUCAAGUUGGAGGAACUUCUUAGAGCUAAAAAUAAGAAAGAGGCUGAAGCAAUGCAAACAGAUGGUGACUUCAACAGGAAAAAUGAAUAUCUCUUUGUUGAACGUUUCGAGGAUGAGAGUAUUAAGGAUUACAAGAGCUGUAUCUAUGUCAACUCUCCUGGAGCACUCUGGAAUGUCUUUGGGUUUAAUGAGAUGGAGUCUCCUAGUUCUGGACUCUUAUGCAUUGCUCUACAGAUGAAGAAAACAGAUCCUAAGAGUACAAAAAAAAUGAUUAUCAAUGAUAAACUGUUCAAAAAGGAACUUAGAAAGGUCUCGAAAGCUAUGAUGAAGAUGAAAGUUCAAGAAUGGGUUUUUUUAAUCUUAACAAAUGCAGAAUCAAAGCACUUAAAUGUAAAAGAUAAAGAAAAGAGUGCACUUGUUGCUGAUAAUGAAUUUGCUGAGUUCUAUGGAUAUACGUACUCCAGUCGGGCACAGUUCGCAUCAACACAACGAGAAAUCAAAAUCAAUUCUGCACCUCCUGACGUAAUUAAGAAAUUCCUUGGCUUUAACAAGACCCAGACUUACAAUUUAUGCAAGAAACGUGUCCAUGACAGUAUCAAAAACCUUGAUGAUGUGUGUGAAAUGACUGGGAUAACCAAAAAUUCUAAGAGGUUUAGAUUGUUGAAAGACCUUUCAAAAAGAGGUUAUAUAAUUUUUUCUGACCCCAACACACAAAUGAUUUGA